AUGCAGAAUGACCAGCCUUGGAAUAUAAAUGACUUAUCUUCGGACGUGAAGAGAGCUCUCGCGGCAAUUGCAGAGCUACCCGAUGCUGUCUUGAAGGCAGAGCUUCUGCGACGAGAUGGCACGUCAGAUGAGACUCCAUCAUGCGGCUCGAAAUCUCGCGGGGCCUAUAAUACCCCAUUGCACGUCAUGGCACUAUUCCUCAUCCUUGUGCUCAGUACUCUAGCGUGUUCCUUUCCAGUUCUUGCCCACCGAUUCCCGCGGCUUCCAAUCCCCCGUCGCUUCCUAUUCAUAUCCAGACACUUCGGAACAGGUGUCUUGAUUGCGACAGCAUUUGUACACCUACUUCCCACCGCGUUCAUGUCCUUGACUGAUCCAUGUCUUCCUCGAUUUUGGAGUCAAUCAUAUCGUGCCAUGGCUGGAUUUGUAGCAAUGAUUUCGGUAUUUGCCGUUGUUAUUGUAGAGAUGUUCUUUGCCAUGAAAGGCGCGAAGCACAUCCAUGGAAGUGAAUAUGAUAAUCUUAUCGGCGAGGUUGGGCGUGACUCAAUCAGUCUGAGCGGAGAUCAAGAUGAAUAUUCGAGGCUUGAAGCCCGACAGGUUUCGGACAAUAUUAACUUGGAUCACGUGGGCCACAAGCCUCAGUCGCGGGCGACAAGAGCUUCAGGCUCGUCUCAUGAAUAUGACCGCUCUCCUUUGUCGGAUACAUCAGGGGACAAGGAUGACGAACUUGCCGACCUCGAUGGUCUGGAUGAUUAUAUGGAUGAUGAUCAACAGCCCAUCAACGGGCAAGCGGACCGGUCCGCGCAGCCUCACCGUCGUCAUAGAUCGCAGAUGAGCGCAAGCCACCGCCCAACUGGGUCGGACGUCCCUCUCGUGAAUCCGCAGCGCCAGCUUCUGCAAUGUCUUCUGUUGGAGGCCGGAAUCUUGUUCCACAGCAUCUUCAUUGGAAUGGCACUAAGUGUGGCAACUGGCACCUCAUUUGUUGUCCUCUUGAUUGCAAUCAGCUUCCAUCAGACCUUCGAGGGCUUUGCCCUUGGGUCGCGAAUUGCAUCGCUCAUCCCAGAUCUCUUCGCCCCGGAUUCGAUGAAGCCCUGGCUCAUGUGUCUUGCCUACGGGACCACGACUCCCCUGGGCCAAGCUAUCGGAUUGGUCUUGCACAACAUGUAUGAUCCUGCAAGCACCACAGGCCUUUUGAUGGUUGGUGUGACAAAUGCCAUCAGCAGCGGUCUGUUGCUGUUCGCUGGCUUGGUAGAACUGCUGGCAGAAGACUUCCUGAGUGAAUCUAGCUACGAGACUCUCAAGGGCAGACGGCGUGUCGAGGCCUGUGUAUCUGUUGCGGGAGGUGCCCUUCUCAUGGCGCUCGUUGGUGCUUUCGCUUGA